AUGCCCGUUAUCCGCCGCAGUCGGCUGAGGACGGUCCUGUCCACGGUCGCUGCGUUGUUCCUUGUUGCCACUGUCUUCAAGAUCAAUUGGACCCCAGCGCCUGCCUCGGUGGUGGUUCCUAACACCGCCUUCGAAGUGCCUCUACCCGAACGCCAAAAUGUGUUUUGGAAGGCCUUCAAGCCGAUAAUAGAAGCGCACUCACCGAAUAGUCCGUCUCCCCAGCACGAGCAGGACGUUGAAGCUGUUCACUUCAAUGUGACCACCGCCGAAAUCCGACCUGACUUGACGUUCAUGCUCGACCACAACGUGGUAGCGAUGCAGGAAGCACAUGCACAUUUCUUGGAUGAUAUCGCAGAUAUGAAGAAGGUUCGUCCAGUCCAUGCUCCUGGUACCCGCGGUAUAGUCUCCACUGCCGGUGGUCAGUACCUUCCUGUCUUCCUUGCGACCCUGCGGAUGCUACGACGUACCGGAUCGGAACUCCCGGUGGAGGUUUAUAUGAAAGAUGCCAGCGAGCAUGAGAAGAGUAUCUGCGAUGAGGUCCUCCCGAAGCUGAAUGCUCGGUGCCUUAUACUUGCCGAAGUGAUGAAGAAGGACUUCAUAGAGCACUACCAGCUCAAGGUUUUCGCGGUGCUUUUGUCCUCUUUCGAGGAGGUGAUUUGGAUGGACGCGGACUGCUUUCCCCUCCAGAAGCCUGAGCUGCUUCUUGAUUCGGAGACGUUCAAAUCGACGGGCUUGAUUACCUGGCCUGAUUUUUGGCAAACAACAGUAUCCCCUCUCUACUUCCGAAUCUCGAAACAGGAGGAACCCCCGAUGAACGCACGGCAGGCAACCGAGGCCGGUGCUUUCGUUAUUUCCAAAAAGUCUCAUUUGCGGACACUGUUGCUGUCUGCCUAUUAUAACUACUACGGCCCAUCCCACUAUUUCCGGCUGUUAUCGCAAGGUGCACCGGGUGAGGGAGACAAGGAAACCUUCCUCCAAGCUGCCUCCGCUCUUGGCGAACCCUUUUAUGCUGUCAGCGAGAGGGUCCAGGCGAUUGGCCAUCCCGCACCGGGUGGGAUGUCUGGGUCCGCCAUGGCCCAGUCCGAUCCAAUCCAAGACCACGACUUGGUUAGCAAGGGACUACUACGGGUCGUUGACCCUAGCGUGGCCGAGGCACCAAGGAUAUUUUUCAUCCACGCCAAUUAUCCCAAAUUCAACCCCGGGGGGAAUGUCUGGGGAACGGAGUUUGAGACCGCCCCGACAGUUCGCCCUGACGGGACACUGGGCCGGGCAUGGAUUUUCCCAGAAGAUGCCGUUCAGCGAUUUGGAUAUGAUGCCGAGAAGGCAUACUGGGAGGAGCUCAAAUUCAUCAGCUGCGACCCUGGAAUUGAAUUCCAGACAUGGGUGUCCAAGGUUGAGACUUGCCGCAAGGUCGAGCAGUACUGGGGAGAAGUCUUUGCAGAACCGCAUGAGGACGACUUUCAAUGGAGUGCGUGA